CUCAAAUAUCCACAGAAUGAUCCCAAAGGAAGCCUCGGUACCGGCUGUUUACAUCCGGGGCGGCACAAGCAAAGCGCUCUUCUUCCACGAACAUGAUCUACCUCCCCCAGGAACGAAGCGAGAUCGCUUGCUUAAACGUCUCAUGGGCUCACCUGAUCCUAUUCAAAUCGAUGGCAUGGGAUGAACUCAUGUUGUAACAUCCAAAAUCGCAAUCAUUGCUCCAUCAUCAAGGAGGACGCCGAUGUUGACUACACUUUCGUGCAAGACGGCAUCGACAACGAGCAUAUUACCUAUACCGCAAACUGCGGCAAUAUCUCGGCUGGUGUUGGAACCUUUGCUAUCGAUGAGGGCUUGGUGAAGAAGAAAGGCCUCGUGCGCUUCAUACAUGAUUUGAAAUACGAGGACUUAUCGGCUGAGAAUAUCAAAACUCUGAAGUUGUUCCUGCUGGACCACUUCGGUGUCGUAGUUGGUGCCACACAUCUUGCCAAAGAGUCAACCGUCCCUUUCUUGAAAGCAGUCACUUCUUUGAACUCGACCACAACGGGAAGUUGUACGGUUGUAGCCAAUGGACAAUCUUUCUCGCCUCCCUAUGGUCCUCUAUUGAAUGGAGCGCUGGCUCAUUCGUUGGACUUUGACGACACACACUCUGGUAGUAUGCUGCAUCCUGGAGUGAGCAUCAUUGACGCAGCUGUUGCUGAAGCCGAGCGGCAAGGCGAUGUCUCAACUUCCCAACUUUUCACCGCUCUUGCAGCAGGUUACGAAUUCACUUGUCAACUCGGUGUAGGUCUCGGAACGGGUGGACACCGACGCGGAUUUCACAACACAAGUACUGCAAGAAUAUUUGGUGCCGUCGCCGCCAUAUGCAAGCUUCGAGACCUUGAUACCAUCACGAUCGAGAAUGCUUUCGGUCUUGCAUCAUCCAAAGCAGCAGGACUUCUGCAGUACCUUGCCAAUGGAUCAUGGAACAAACGCCUAAAUCCAGGCUUGCAGCGCACGAUGCUUUCAUGUGUGUCGCAUUCGCCGAAAGUGACGUCCUUGAUGCCGUAGAGCCUAUUGAAGGCAGAUUCGGCUUGUUGAACAUACAAUCUGCAACACCUUCUCCUCUCAGCUCCUCACAGACUUUUCUUCUCUCCUACCUGGAAUUGAUGAGUACUGCGAUCAAGCCGUUCCCUGCUUGCAGAAUGACACAUGGACAGAUUCAACUCGCCGAACAGAUCUCAAUGGCCAGUGGUGGUCGCACUCCUGUCAAAAUCACGACCUUCAUGUCCAAACAAUGCUUCCUAAUUGUGGGAGAGCCAAAAACAAAAAAGAUCCGGCCACUGAAUGUUGUCGAUGCUCAAUUCGGCAGCUACUUCCAGACGGCAAUUUCCUGGCCGUAUGGCUCAUCCUUGGGGUUUGAAGCGUACGACAAAAUUGAAGAUACAGCAGUCCAUGAUUUGUUGCAGAGAAUCGAGAUCGAAAUCGAUGAUUCGUACCAUGCCCCCGAAAUUAGACUCUAGAUUCAAUGGAAUAAUUGUCGUGUACCUGGCGCACCUGAGGCACUCCCUAAGGCGC